AAACAUCUAAAAGGAACAUUUAUCGACCCAUGGAUGAGAAAACAUUAGAAAAAGCUAGAAUAAAACGUGAAAAAGAAGUACGACUGAAUAAUAUAAUAAGAGAACUGGUCGUUUAUUCUCUGUAUCUUUGGAUUCUCGUAAUUAUAAGCUAUGGUCAAAGAGAUCCAAACGGUUAUUAUAUGAGGUUAAACAUAAUAAAUAAUUUUAUCAAACCUGGAGAUCACUGGAAUGAUUUUAAUAAGGUUAAUACGGAUAGACGAUUUUGGAAUUGGACUACUGAAGUUUUGAUUCCAGAAUUAUUGAUCGGAAACUGGUAUAAUAAUCGAAUACCUUUAGGUUUGCGAGGUUUUAUUGAUGACAGAAAUAAUGUAAAAAUAAGUUAUGCCAUUAUGAGACAAGUACGAAUUAAAACUAGUAAGUAGUAGUAAAAUAUUUUUUUGUUUUUCGGUGUUCGCUCAAAUAUGUUUACGUAAUGGGUAAUCAAAUAAAAAGUUUAAAAUUACUUGUGAAAAUUACACUUGGUAACGCAGGGUAUCAAUGGCUCAUCAAUCAUCACUGAUUUAUUUAUUGAGAGUUCUUGUGAUUGUUAGCAAAGUAGUAAGGAAUUGCCCAUAAAUUAAGUCCGCAUUUUUCUUCAAAUUUUUACUCCCCCUCCCCCUCUUUGGACGUCCAACAAAACUCAAAUCCCCCUCAAAACCUUUAUCACUAUAUUAGUAAUAAAAUGCAUAAACUGUAUAAAAUUUAAUGAAAUAAAACGGACGUCCGUCGAAGUUCAAAAAGUAAAAGUAGCCAACUCAGAAAGCAUUCUUCUUUGAUAAAUAACCUGAGAUUUGACGAU